UACAUCCACUCGGUUUUUGUGGAGUUGACAAUGGUCCACCUUACCAAAUGCGUCCGCCUGCCCGCGCUCACACAAAGCAUCCCACGCAUUCUGACUCAGUCUGGCUUUGUUUCUCGUUGAGUGAGCAUUACCCCACAUGUUCAGGUAACAUUUCAUAAUCCAUUGUUUUUUGUGCUUGUUUAUUGAGUGCAACUGCUAAAUAAGCCACCAUGGGGCCAAAGAAAGUUCCCUUUGAUAUAGAAGGCGAGAAACACAAUAAAAUCCAAGAAAGAACUUGAGCAAAGUACGAAAAUGGCGUACGCACGGCUGACCUUGCCAGGAUGCACGGGAAGUCCUCAUCAACGAUCAGUUCCAUUCUGGUGAAGAAAAAAGAAAUGAAGAAAGCUGGUGUUGCGAAAGGGGUAAGUGUGCUAAUAAAACGGAGAUCACAAACAAUCGAAGAUGUUGAGAAGUUGUUGUUGGUGUGGAUCAACGAAAAACAGUUAGCGGGAGAUAGUGUUGUGGAGGCGAUAAUUGCGAAAAGGCAAGCUGGUCCUAGUGCUAGUAAAAGACAAAGAAGGGAAGUAACCCUUCCUUGAUACCAGAAGUCCUUAUGGAGGGGGAUUUCCCUUCCAAACAACCUCUCCUCCUCCUCCUCCUCCCUCUCCCCUCCUCGUCGUCUUCCAUACGCCAACAAGAGUCUUCAGUAAAGGUAAAAGUGAUGUUAAAUGGUCAUUUAUCCAUUUCAUUACUCAUUUAUAUUUAUUUCUCAUUGUUUUCUGUAUGUAAAACUAUAGUUAUUCUCUAUAAAAUGUAUUUUUUGUUAAUAUUUUUGAGUGUCUGGAAUGGAUUAAUUGGACUUGCAUUAUUUCUUAUGGGAAAUGCUGCUUCAGUUUUCCUACAAUUUGAUUUUCGUCAGACUUCCUGGAACAAAUUAAUCACGAAAACCAAGGUUCCACUGUAUUUAUAUGGCUAAUGAAUCCCCAGAUUUUUUUUCCCAUCAUUCCCUAUGAAAAUGUACAGGUGUGAAGUUGAAAUUUGUUAUCUCCUAAAAGUGACAUCAGCGAUUGCUGUUUCCUCCAUAUUAAUUUAUUUUGUUUUGACUUUUUUUUUUUUCUCAGGUUUUCUAGUUUUUAUACAUUUUCCAGUAACUGUUGUUAGUUAUGAUACCCAUUUCAUGCACAGUGACCAUAUGGCUAGCCUUUGUAUACCACACACUACUCUCGUUAACAGUGUCAACAGUAUGUUAUUUACAAAAUGGUGAUACACAAUGUAAACACACACUGGCGCUAGUGCUGUUUACCCUCUCCAUCCCACCAGUCGCUGCCACAUGCAUAGCUGACAGUGCCCAUGGCCCCUCUCCCCAUGUCAGUGAAAGCACCACCUUUACUAUUACUAAUUGUUGCUGAUGUUGGGUCCUGUGAUGUGCUGUGUUCCUUGGUGGUAACAAUAGAUACACUACCAGAUGGCAUACAUAGGUGUAUAAAUUGAUUCUUCUCUAGCAAAUAAUUAUCAACACUAUCACUAGACUGAUCAUUGAUUGCUAGGGAAUCAAAGUACACAUCACUUCCAUCAUUAUUAUUAACAUCUGUGCCCAAGGCACGGGAGAAUAUGAGCUUUCGCUUAUGACAUGGGUGUAUUACGGGUAUACUGUGCCUAAUGGUGGAUGACUGUGGGUCAUGGGGUUUUCAGUGUUAUUUCCAGUAUCUCGGUUAUCACUUUCAUCACUAAAUGUUUGAACCAGUAGAAUUUAUCCUCUGUAUUAAGGAUGAGGAAUACAGUAAUACAUAUUGAAUUUACCUUGGAGUGAGACCCUUGUGUGGUGGACAAUGGAACACUAAAAUGGCAUUCCAAAAUGCACUGUUGUGGCACCAGUUUUUUGUAUACUGGACACACUGACAGUGCAUACUCAUUUUCUCAUGGCUAGUCCUUCCAGGCCUCUUGCACGAAAUUUAACCCUUUGACUGUCGCAAGCCCCUUUCUGAAACUGUCAGUCUAUGUUGCAAAAUUUUUUGGAAAAGAAAAAUUUGUAUCUUAUGAAAUGAUAGAGAAUCUUUUCCCGAUGGUAAUGACCCCAAAAGUACGAAAUUUCGUCGAAAACUCACAGAAUUACGCUCCCGCGAAGUUAGCGGUCUCGGCGACGUAUACGCAUCGGCGAUUUUGCCGACUUUGAGCCCUGUUUUUGGCCAAUUCUUUUGUUUCAGUUGACCAAACUCAUAGCUAUUUCUUUAGAACGCCAUUUUUUCUAUCAGUUGAGUACAAGAAACUGCCCAUUUACCAAUUUGAACUACCCAAUAAAGUGGUCAGAAAUUGGCAAUUUGACCAGUUUCACGCAAAUUAAAAAAGAUGCCAAUUUCAAAAUAGGGUCCAGAAUAAACAAUGUAGACAUUCUUGGCACUAAAAUAACAUAUCCUCUGUUCAUUAGUCACAUAUCUAGGUCCCUCUUGUAUUACCGCUGCUUUUUAUUUUGAUUUUUUAUUCAUACAAAAAAUACAAAAUUUACUGUUAUGCAGACUACUGCAUUAUUGUAAAAAUGGUAUAAAUAAUAUCAUUGCAUUAGUGAAAGAAUAUUAGACUCCGCAGUUGACAAGUAUUGGAUAUGUGGUGUGAUUUGCUUACUCCUGAACAUUGGUAAAAAUUGAACAUUUCCGCUACUUUGAGCUCAAUUUCAAGGUCGUUUUCAUCGUGAAAGUAAUCAAAAUCAUCUCUAUUUCUGUAAUGUGUUUUCCAUUUUAUCACGUGACACCAUGAAAACGAGAAUACAACGAUAAAUACUAUACGAAAAUACACCUCAAAGUCGGUGUUUUAAUCCAAAAAAACGUUCAGUUUUUUUUCUCAUUAUGCACUGCGUACUGCAGGAUUUUUUUUGUGUGUUGCACAUUGACCACACAGACCCAUUCUCUCACAUGUGGGCCUACCAGCUUUCUCCUGCUUGAUUUGAAGCCGCUAGAAUUUAUGCGUAUUAAUACGUCCGAAACACUGGCUCGUUAGACGUACAUGUAUAUAUAUGACCAAAACAGUCAAAGGGUUAAAGCUGCUAGAAUGUAUAUGUAGAUCUACAUAGCAACACUGGCUUCAGUAAUGUAGAUCUAUGUGGGAGAUAGUGAAUUAAUAAAUGGUUUCAUUACUGAAGGUAUCAUUUUUACCACCACAACAGCUUAAAUUUUGAUCAAAACACUUACGUACACAAGGGGCUUCAAUUACUGUUCACUAAGUACAUUAUUCUUUACAAAACAUUGAAAAUUACAGAAUACAUUAAUGUAAAACUGCAUUAGAGGAUGCUUACUGUACAUUACUGGUAUUUGAGAAGUGCCUUGCAUGCAUAGUAUGUUGGCCAGUAUCUUGUUCCACCAAUCCCACUUAUUAUUCUAUGUGGUUUUCUAAUUAAUAUGUAUAAGUUUUAUUUGAUUAUAGGUUAGGUGGCUUGUAGAUCAGUGAUAGCAAUUUAAGCUCACAACCAAAGAACCCAGAUUUGAUCAUGGGGUGAGUGGGGACAUUGGACAUGUUUCCUUUCACUUGCUGCCCAUGUUCAGCUAGCAGUAAAUAGGUACCUGGUUGUUAGCCAACUAUUAUGGGUGGCAUCUGGGAGAGGGGUGGUAGAACAUUAUACCUUACAUGAGACUGGACUUUGAAAUGUAUUAGCUUAAGAUACCAGCUUUUUGCUUGUAAAUUUAUCUCUACAAAAAUAUAAAAAGAUAGUGCAAAAGAAGAGUUUGAGGUGAAAGCAUAAGUGGAACUUUUGAUUUAAGAAUUUUUGAUGCAUGUGCAUAAUGGCAAUUGUACCUCUAAGAGAUUAAGAGAAAAUUAAAGCCACAGUAUCAUGGCUGGAAAUAUGUUUUGGUCUGACCUGGACGAUUUGACUUGAUAAUGGUCCAGGAUGAUUCAAGAUGCUUGUAUGGACUUCAUAAUCUGUAAUAUUACAAACAUGGUAAGUGUAAAUUACAAAUAUAGUGCUAAUUAUAUUAUCAGUGCCAAUCAGUAAUGAUUGUUUACAUUGCUUAUAAAUGACAAGUAAAAUUUAUCAGGAGGUUACCUUUAACAAUACUGAAACAAACAAGUAUACGACUGUGCAAUAAAUUCUGGCCAAUGACACCAAGAAGAUAAUAAACAGGUGAGCACAGUACUGAGGUAUAUACUACUUUAUUCACUGCUGUAUUUAUCUUCAUAUUUUUGUCUUUAUGUACCUGCUAAUGUGCAUGAGGCACUGAAUUAGAUACACAGUAUUACCAUGAUAAAAAUACUCUUUUGAUUGAAGUUAAAGUGUUAUUUUUGGAAGAAUGCAUAAAUGAGUUUGAGUUAUUGCAAUUGAAGCCAUUGUUAUUGAAGAUUUAAUAGAAAUUUAAUUAAGUGAGGGGAUUAAUUUAUUGACUAUCUCAGGCCAAGUCUAGCCAACCAAAGUCUUGUCAGUUUCAUUAGUGUGUUUUCCAAUCUGUUGAUUGACAUCAAGAAACAACUAAUAAAAUAAUGAAAAUGCCAUCCAAACAAUGCCUUAAAUUUUCUGUUUAAACCCAGUUGCAGGGUCUGGGGCUAGCUGUUACCAUCAUGCAUUGGGUGGGGCAGGAUUUCUUUUUAUAUUGCACACACCCACUGCACAGACAAAUUAUCUCAUGUCUAGGCCAAAAUUUAUUGCUCUCAAGUUUGAGGGUGCUACAAAUUAAGUAGGUCUAUGGCACAGACACUGAUCUCGCUGACAUACUGUAGAUGUGACUGUCAAUUUAGUGGUUAAUAAGUGUUGCUGCACAAGUUUUAGCUGAUGUUGUUAUUCUGGGUCAUGGUCCCCUCUACAAGCUCUGUGGGUUUAGUGCAACCCUUAAAUGUAAUAAUAAUCUGAUUCCUUUUAAUUGCAUAAGUUGAGCUAUGAAAGAGGCAUGCCAACAAGAUUCCUCUCAUGAAUCAUGUCUAUGAGAUCCCUGCAGCUUUCUGAGAACAUUUUCGUAGCAUUGACAUUAUUAUUAUUAUUAUUAUUAUUAUUAUUAUUAUUAUUAUUAUUAUUAUUAUUAUUAUUAUUUUUAUUUUUUGGCACUGACUUUAUUAUUGUUACAUUUGAAAGCAAGUGCCACACCUGUAUAUGUCAUACAGCACAAGAAGGUACAUAAAUGUUGUAAGGAUGGGUUAACAGUUUGAUUAUUUCUUCCAUGGAAAAAGCCCCUUAAUCAUGAAAGCACUUUAGGCAAAGCAUGUACAGUGCAUUACAGUGGAACCUCAACUUACGGGUUUAAUCCGUUCCGUAACCAGCUCAUAACUCAAUUUGCUCGUAUAUCAAAUCAAUUUUCCUCAUUUAAAUAAAAUGAAAUGCCAUUAAUCCGUUCCAGCAGAAUUCCUGCUCUCGGGAGGCAGGACAAAAUACUUCAAUAUGUAAUGCUAAUAUCAACUCUACAGCUUGUUUAUCUAUCACAAUUGAUCUAAUAUGACAUAAUAAACAAUAUAAAUAAUAUAGAAACAUGAUAUAUACUCUAGAAUGAAUAUGUCAUGUGAUGAGUGGUAGCGGCCAUUGUCACUCCCGCACUGACCAUAUUUUCCCAUUCUUCUUCUGAAAACGGAGUGUAUGUGAGGCUAACUGCACUAACUGUUUACCUCACCGUGGAAGCAUUUCUCUCGUGUUUUGCUUGCAUUUUAUGCAGUUAUUCUGCCAAUUUUUUUUUUCUAACCAUGGGUUCUAAGAAAGUAAAUGCAAAGGACAAUGCUCAGAAGAAAAAGAGGAUGAUGUCCAUGGAAUUAAAGCAUGAAAUCAUAAAUAAGCGAGGUGUGUAGGUUGUGGGUUCGGGGGAAGAUCGCUCAUAACUCGGAUGUUGGCUCGUAACUCAGAGCAAAAAAUUGACCGAGCAAUGGAUCGUACCUUGAAAAAAACUUUUGUUGGGAUACUUGUAAGUCGAGGUUCCAUUGUAUUAUGAAGGGCUUGUUAGUUUGUUAAUUUCAGAGAUUGAAAUAACCUGUGAUGUAGGUUCUGAGAGCAGAGCUAGUUAAGGUUUUAAUUGCUGAUGCUAAUUGUUAAGAUUUGGGUACAGAUCCUUUAUGUAAGUUUUAAGGGUAGGUUAGGGAGUAGUAUAAGGCUUAUAACAUAGGAUACAUCUUUGAAAGUAUGCCAACUCAUUUUCUUAAAUGUGUGUUGAACAUAGAGUUUGAAGUUAUGCAUUUUUUCUACCAGCAGGAGUAGAAAUGUUGCUUUUUCUUUAUUUGGCAAUAAUCUGUGGGUAGUCUAUUUCCAAAUAUUUAAUACACUUUCUCUAUAUAAGUGUUGGUUGCUAUCCAUAUGUAAAUUUUCUUAUGCUCUUCAAAAACAAGUUAGUUCAGGAUGUUUGAGUCAGUGCUAGAGAUUGUAUAUUUAUUUUGUUAUUCCCUCAAAAUAUUAGUGUGCAGUGUUGGGUAGCACUGGGAAGAUCACUGCUCUAUGUGUGGAGCAGGAUAGAAUCAAGCAUGCUUCCUCGAAAAAUGCCAAGGUUUGGUGGGAGUGUAGGUAGGGUCGUUUAUGGUUAAAUAUUGUUGCUUUCUUGUCCUGUCUUCCUUAAUUAUACCAGUAAAAUUUUGUCCAAUAAAGGCUCGCCUAGCUAAGUGUCUUUGUUUUACCCCAAAAGUUAAGUAGGUUUGCAAAAUGAAUGAGAAUAUUUAGAUGUCCAGGAAAUUUUUUUUUCUUUUUAACAAUAGUGAAGUGCACAUUUUAAGUGUCAUGAAACCACAAUUCAUGAGGAAAGGAAGUAUAAUACAGUACAAACAAUAUCAACUUGUUAUUUGCAGUUCACUGGCCUGCUUGUUUUAGAACUGGCUUGCCAUUACCUGGAAUUUACCUGGAGAGGGUUUCACGGGUCAGCGCCCCUGCAGCCUGGUCUGAGACCAGACCUUGUUCGAUCCUUUAAGAGAAAUCCCCUGAUGCUUGUAAAAGGAUCUUGAUUCAGGGAACUGGAGCAACCCUCCCCUUCCCUUCUUGGAUUGACUUUCAACUGCUUCCUAUUUCCCAUUCCUCAGGCUCUGUGUAACCCCUACAGAAGUCAGAUAACAACCUUUUAGGGUUAUGAAUACUGUUUCAUGAAUUUUAAAAGCUUUUGUCUUAACUAUGCUUAUUUCAAAGCCCAGCCCUGGUUCAAAGUAUACUACCACCCCAUAUAAUGUGACUCAGAACAGUCAACUAACACCUAACACUUACAUACAUUACCCAUUUACUGUUGAGAGAAUAGGGACAGCAGGUGUAGAAAGACUUGCCAGCAUGGCUUACAUUCCUGUGUCCUCUUGGUUGUGAGCCGAAAGCUCUGCUUUUAAAGGGCUUAAUGUUUUUCUGGAAGGUGGGUUCACUUGUCUUGCAUUUGGUGAUACACAGUUAUGAAAUAUCACAGUGUUUAGGAUACUAGAUAGAUUUCAUAGAAGCUGGGGUAAAUAUGGUCAGAAAUGAAAUUGCUGAAGUUUAUAGACUGUAUUGAAAUUUGAUUGGAGAUUUGGUAAGUGUACAUAAUUGAUGUUGGCAUUUGGACAUAACGUAGAAAAGAAUAAACAGAAUGUAAGUUUAGUAAAUCUAAGUGCAUGGAAUAAAGGUAAGUUGAAAGGUCAGAGUAGAAAAAUAAAUAUGUAUGAAAGGAAGAAAUAGAAUUAGAAGUGUCUUGGCUACAGUAUUUAGCAGUUGUGGGAGAAGAUAGACAUAGUAGGAGGAUUGAAUUAUUAUUUUACUCUUUGGGAUAAAUAAUAAGAAUCUUAGUAAGAAAGAAAGGGAUAAGGGGCUAGUAGCGUAGAACUGAAGGUGAGAUAGAUUGUACUGUACUGAGCACUUAAGUUUAUGGUCAGUAAGAUGUAGCAGUAAGAGUUAUUCACAUAUUUUACACAAAAAAAAUGUUGAAUGGUUUGAAAUAGAUUAGUUUAUGUGAGAGGAAACAAAGUGUUACUGCAUUUUCUUUAGUCUUCACUGAAUAAUAGAGUGAAGCAUAGCAGGGUGAAUCCUGGUGUUGGGUGUGGAAGAUAAUUUAUGUUAUCAGCAGAAGGGACUAACUCUUUUAAUGAAUAGUAAAUAUAAAUCAUAUUUUGUAUUCUUUAUUACUUGGAGGAAUAAUAAUUGCAAUCUACACUUGUGUGUUUAUGAAGAAUAUAAUGGAUCAGAUGGCAAAGCAAAAGCAGGCAAACUUAAUUUAUAAAAGUGGAGUUGGAUGUAAAAAUGUGGUGUAAAAAAAAAAAGAAUUUCAAGAAUAAUAGUUAUGAGAUGCAGUUGUUGGAUGAGAAAGUAAAUAAAGAUGAUGUAUGGGGUGUAGAAGUAUAUGGAAGAGUAGAUGUAAGAAUUGCUUACAAGAGCUUUUAUUCAAAGGUGAGUGAGAGUAUGUUGAGGAAGGCAGUUCCAUACUUUUUUUGUUUUUUUUUUAAUGAUUUGUGUUAUUUUCAGUGGACAACAGAUAAUGAUAUUGCUGCAGCUGUCCAGAACCUUGGUUUGAGUGACUUUUUGGAUGUUAAGUUCUUUGAAAACCGUGCCAAUGGUCAGAGUAAAGGUUUCUGUGCCAUAUCUUUGGGUUCGGAGAGCAGCAGCCGGAUUGUAAUGGAGAAACUACCCCGUAAGGAAAUACACGGCAUGAAUCCUGUGGUCACCUUUGCCAGCAAGCAGGCUCUAACCCAGUUUGAAUCACAGAGCAAAACUCGAGCAAGUCCACAGCAUCAACAUCAGCAUCGUAGCGGCCCUGGUGGUCCAGGUGGCCACCCGGGUGGGGGCCCAGGAGGCCCUGGAGGACCUCGAAUGCCACCACCAGGUCGUGGCAUGCCUCCACCAGGGAUGGAACAUAGACCACCAGGUCCGCCUGGGCCUCAUGGCCCACAUGGAGGCUCACAUGGUGGCCCACAUGGUGGUCCACAUGGUGGCCCACAUGGUGGUCCCCAUGGUGGUCCCCAUGGAGGCCCACAUGGUGGCCCACAUGGUGGUCCACAUGGUGGUCCACAUGGUGGUCCACACGGUGGCCCACAUGGACCCCAUGGUGGUCCCCAUGGCCCUCAUGGACCACAUGGACCUCCAGGUCCUCAUGGUCCUCCUGGUGGGCCUCAUGGUGGACCACAUGGGCCACACGGACCUCAUGGACCUCAUGGUGGGCCUCAUGGUGGCCCACAUGGGCCUCCAGGACCACAUGGACCUCCUAUGGGUCCUCAUCAUGGGCCUCAUCAGGGUCCACCACGUGGACCACCACCUCACAAUAUGCAAGGUCCCGGACCACGUGCUCCGCCUCCUCCUGGUCACAUUCAGAGGCCCAUGCAUCCUGGAGGCCCAGGUGGUCCACCACCAGGUCAUGGUGGUCCACCUCCUCGUGGACCACCACCCAACAUGGGACCUCCACCUGGCCAACAUGGUCCACCUCCACCCCGUGGACCUCCUCCUCCCAUGGACCCAAGGGCACCACCACCCAGACCAGAUUUUAUACAGGGUCCUCCACCUCAUGGUGCUCCUCCACCACAUGGCCCUCCUCCCCAUGGGGGUGGCCCACCGGCUCCUCACGUCAACCCAGCUUUCUUUCCACCACACAGUGCUCCUCCUCCUCCUGCUGCAGCUGCACCUCCUGCACACUAUGCCCCACCACCCCCAACCCAUCAGCAUGGUGGAUUUGGCAGUGCUGAUCACCGUAUUGAAGGACCUCCACCACUGUCAGAGGCAGAAUUUGAAGACAUAAUGAACCGUAAUCGUACAGUGUCUAGUUCAGCAAUUGCAAGGGCUGUUGCUGAUGCUUCCUCUGGUGAAUACGCCAGUGCAAUAGAAACCCUUGUGACUGCAAUUUCCCUCAUAAAGCAAUCAAAAGUGGCUCAUGAUGACAGGUGUAAGAUUCUUACAAGCUCUCUACAGGACACACUUCAUGGCAUUGAAGCUAAGAGCUAUGGUUCCAGCAAAAGAAGAGAACGUUCUCGAACACCGAGCAGGCGACAUCGUCGUGACAGAUCUCGCUCAAGAGACAGAGAAUACCGUGACCGGUCACGAUCACAUUCACGUGAGCGUGACUAUGAGCGUCAUCGCAGUGAAAGGGAACGUGGAACUUCAGAUCGUACUUCAGAGCGUGAUAGAGACUACGAGAGAUCAUACAGCCGUGAGCGAGAAUACGACCGGGCUCGUGAACGAGACAGAGAGAGAGACAGAGACCGUGAAAGGUAUUAUGAUGAGCGUUACAGGGAACGUGAUGCAAGAAGGGAGCGGAUUGAAGAACGUCCAGUUCGUGAACGCAUUGAGGAACGCAGCACAAGGGAAGAUGUUAGAGAACCUGUUAGAGAACGUGAACGUGAGCGUGAUCGGGAUCGUGACAGAGAAAGAGAGCGUGAACGUGACGUUAGAACAAGAGAAGAGAGGGAAUCAUCAUCGCACCGCUCCUCCAGACACUAAGCACUUGCCUCCUGUCUCUCUGAUCUGCUCUGACGUGGCUUUCUUUAGGAUACUACACUUUAGUCUUUUUAAAGUUCUGUUGUAUCUUUAGCAGUUUUUUUUUUUUAAGAAUAAUGAGUGUCUGGGUAGGAGAGAUUCCUUUACACAAAAUGUGAAUGAAAUGUAAAGGUCGCUUCGUAUUUUUCAAUCUUAAUACAUCUAAGUUGAAUCUUGUUUCUUAAUAUUUUAUAUAUACGUAUAGAUGAUGACCACUUGCUUCUUCAAACUGCAGUGAAAAUUGCAAACUAGCUGAUCAUUAGCUCAUUACUAUAAGUAAACCUUUGGUGGAUACUAUGUUGAGAAUUACCAUUUUGAAGAAUUGUCUGAUGAAAAUCACAUCAGCAAUUCAUUUUAUGCCUGGUUUUGCUAAACAAACAUAGUUGCUAGCCAUCAGCAGUUAUGAUAUGUAGCUGAUGAACAUUUAAGAUAAAUUUUUAAUUUUUAUCUCUUUAAUUCAGUGCUGUGUUUGGUGAAGGCAGUAUUUUGUUUUGUAUAAGUAUACAAUAUUAGGCAAGUAAAAUUUUCAUUGCUCUAAUGUAUAUAAAUGAUACAAAGCAUUUGCAGUGUCUAUGUGAAUGUCUAUAGCAACAAAUUGUGUUUUAAAGUUAGAACAUGAAACUGCAUGUAUAAGCACUUUGUAAUUUUUACAAAUUUUUGUGACAUUUGAUAACACUUAAGUGAACAAUUUAAAUAUUGUUUAAAAUCUUGAAUAAGAAAUAAUUCUAAAAUAUGUUAAAUGAUAAUUUUUGUUUUGGAAAUAAGAUGUGUUCUUUCAUGAUUUUGUAAUUAAGAAAACUGCCUGUGUGAAGGUACUGAUCAUUUAUAAUAAAAAUGAAUGCAAAAUGUGUUUGCGGAACAAAAGUUUUUGUAGCAAUAGUAUAUUUGAUAUUCAGCCAUACAUGUAAUUUUAACUGGUAAAUGGAAUAUGUGCAUCAGUUGUAAUUCUUCUGCAAAUGUUCUCAAAUAUAAUUAUUUGUAGCUAACUUUUACAAGAUGACACCUGGGAUGUGUGUGUGUGUGUGAUAAUUUAUGCCCUGAUAGCAAGCAAAUAUUCAACUUUGGCUAAAAAAAAAUUAAAGGAAAAAAUUAGUGGAACAUUGCAUUAGUUCCAUGUGUGGUACAAACGUUUAGCCCCAAAAGUGCUCUUUGUGCUAAAACAAUAAUAGAAAGUGGGCAUUACAGUGAACUAUAUUGCCUGAUCCUAACCAGAAAUAAUGACAAGAAUUGUUCAUACUUCUAAUGUAUUUUUUUAUUGAAUAUAUGAAAAUUGUCAAUAAAGGAUUCCUUGGCUUUAAA